UUAAAUAUUUUAAUAAGAUAUUUAUUAUUUCUAUAGAUGUUAUACAAGAUGUUUGUGUGAUUUUUAUGAAAAAGAUGUCAACAAAUUAUGUUAAAAAUAAUGAAAAAAAUCUAAUAUUUGAGUUUCCAUCAUUAUAUGAGUUUCCUCCAUUUUUUACUCGGCAGCCAAAUCUAGAAACAUGGAAAUCUCAACAAUCGCAUUGGGUGUCAUUGAUUUUGAAAUAUUGUCAAUUUAAACGGAUCUUUAGACUUCAUAUUUCAAGAGAAUUACUUGAGGAAGAGUUAUUUUUUAAUAGGAAAAUCCAUAGACAGGUUAAAAUGGAAAUGCUUAAAGAAAUUCUUGACUUUAUGGCAAGUAAGAAUAAUGGGGAAUGGUUAUCUAGUGGUAAAAAUGAUAUGUUUCUUGUUUAUUGGAAAACAUUAGAUGAAUGGGCAGAUAUGAUAAUAAAUUGGAUCGAAGAAACAGGACAAAGAAACUGUGUUUUGACCUAUUAUGAACUCAUAGAAGGUAAUGCGUUAAUUAAUACAGAACUUUAUAAAAUAGAUCCAAUAAUACUUAAAAAAGCUAUUGCUAUUCUUGUUAAGAAAGAUAUGGCUCAGGUGCUUAGAGGUGCUAAUGAAAAUGAAUUUGGUGUAAAAUUUUUUGGUCGUAUUUAAUUAUAAUAUUUUUCAAGAAAAAUCUUAUUUUCUCUGUUAAUGUC